AGUUGUUGCUGCUGCAAGGGAUGCCAUCGCCAUGGCCGAACGCGACGGGGCUGAGCACCGGCGCUAUUACGACAGGGGGCCAUGGUCUGCGAGCUCACAGGCCAGGGCGGCCAUGGCUACGAGCUCGAGGCAUGUUACUACAACUCCAGAUUUGCUUCCAUGUUUGCUUUUGCUGGAACCAGUGUACUAAUUUGUUACCAUCGUCUUUGUUUUUUGCUGGAACUAACCAAAUUUUGCUGCCAUGUCUUUUUGCUGGAAUCAUUUUUGUACCACUUUUUUGCUACAACAGUUUUGGUUUUUUGCUACUACCGGCACUGUCGUUUGUUACAUCCUUUUUCAUGAGAUUGUCGAGACCCUGUGCUUGUGUGUUUUGCUACAACCUUGUACUGUUUUUGCUACAACCUUCUACAUUUUUUGCUACUACUGGAGAAGCCCCUAGCUGGACCACAAGUUAUUUUUGCUACAACCGUUUUGUGGUUUGCUGCAACCAAUGUCAAUUUUUGCUACCACCGACUUCUUUGAUUUUUCUGGAACCAGCGCUCGAUUUUUUAUUUUUGCUACCACUAGCGUUUCGAUUUGCUGGAACAAGCUUCAAUUUUUGCUACCAUCAGGUUUUUGGUUUGUUGGAGUGUCGUCAAUUUUUUCUAAUUUUGCUACCAACGUUUUAUUAUUUGCUGGAACCGUCAAGAAUUUUUGCUACGGCCGGUGGAAUUUUUUGCUGCGACUGGCAAAUUAAGGAUGAGGAACAACACGAGCUCUACAACGGGUGCUGCGGCCGGUGACGUGAGGCUCCGCGAGCCGCGGGGGGCCUCGCCGGAGAUGCGCCGCGGGGGCGUUGCUGGAGCUGGGCCUCGCCGGAGAUGCGCCGCGGGGGCUGGAGCUGGGCCUCACCGGAGAUGUGCCGCGGGGGCCUUUGCUGGAGCUGCGCGGUGCUGCGAGCCGCGGGGGAUCUCACCGGAGAUGCGCCGUGCUGCGAGCCGCAGGGGAUCUCGCCGGAGAUGCGCCACGGGGCCCGAGGAAGAAGAAGCUGGGGCGAUUUUUUAUUUUAUUUUUUUGGCUCCAGAUCCAACCGCCGCGCGGCUCGCAUCGAGCGGCUAUGGCUGGACCGGCCGAAAGUUUCGGCCGGUGCGCCGGCGUCUAGUGGUGCCCUAAAAAGAAGGCCAAAUCGAGCGCCUGAGGUAUCCCCGUCGCCUUCACUCGUCAGUCACUCAAAGGAAUCCAGCAAAGCAACAGGUCACCCGGCGUCCGCAGCGCCACAACCCGGCAGCACCGGCGCCUCCGGCCACGACCGACCCAAUCCAUCCCUCCUCUUCCGGGAAUAAAAUCUGGUCUCCAUGCGCACGGCGUGGGUGGGGCGGCCGCCGGUCGGUUGGCACGCACUCGCCGUCAGCUGGCCGACCCUGCCGCCAUCUCGCACAUACGCACACAGCAGCUGAUGCGGGCAGACUCAGACGUCACAGACGAUACAAGGGAAAGUAAACACAUCCGCGUACCUCUUCCGCAACGCAGAAACCGGCCUGACUCAUCGCUCAACGUCAGUGCCAACCUAGCGUUCAGCAAGAGCACGCACACUUGCACCUUUAUGUAAAGCAAAACCCGACGCCGUCACCAGCUUUGGUUUCUUCUCUUCCCAUUGCUCACAUACCUCGGCAGAGAGUAUUCUCACCUCCCAGCUCAGCCUUCACUUCCCUCUCCUCUCCUUCCUCCACCCACUCCACUCAGAGCUCCAGAAGCUCCGAUGGCGGCCCAGAAGGUGGUGCUGAGGGUCCCGACCAUGACCGACGACAAGGUGAAGCAGAAGGCUAUUGAAGCGGUCGCGGACAUCUACGGUAUUGAUUCCAUAGUUGCAGAUCUGAAGGACAAUAAGAUGAUCAUCAUAGGCGAGAUGGACACUGUGGCAAUCGCAAAGAAAUUAAAGAAGGUUGGGAAGAUUGACAUUGUGUCUGUUGGACCUGCAAAAGAAGAAAAGAAAGAAGAGAAGAAAGAAGAAAAGAAAGAGGAGAAGAAAGAGGAAAAGAAAGAAGAGAAGAAAGAGGAGAAGAAAGAAGAGAAGAAAUGAUUCAGCAUACAACACCAUCCCAUGGCCUUUCUCCUGUGUGCACUUGCAAUAGCUUUGACUACAGAUUGAUGUUUCUAAGAGAUAUGACUUUGUACCAUUUAUAUAUAAAGUACGUACAUAUUAGUGACGUUUCUUUACAGAAAAGAAUACACUUUGUUCUUCCAUUUCUUAGCA